UAAUUGAAACCAAUCUUUAGAACCAGAAGAACACAGGAAUACCUCCAUCAUGAAGGCGGUCUUUUUCUUACUGGUUGGCCUAAUACUGGCCUCAGCAGUUGUUGCAGGUCCUCUUUUUGGAUCUCAGUCAACUGUAGAUGAAGCGAAUGAAUGCUCCGAACUAACACGCUUCAAGGAAGGUUACAGCUACACCUUCAGGUAUGAGGCAGAAACAGAAAGUGGAAUAAGAGGCGCUGGACCCGAGUCGACAAUGACCAUGACAUGUGACAUCAUAAUAGACGCACCAGAAAGAUGCAGGAACGUCCUCAAGGUUAGACAAUGUCUUCUGGAAAACAGCGACAUUGACGAGGAGAUGAGUGCCCAUGACCUGGUCUUCCGCACUGAGAACGGACGUAUCAUCGAGGUGCUGGCUCAUCCCGAUGAACCCCUUCACAUCCUGAACGCCAAACGUGGUAUCCUCAGCAUGGUCCAGCUCGACCUUGAAGCCGAUGAUGUUGACCAGAUCACCCUGAAUGAAGUCUCCGUACACGGCAACUGCAGUAGCGAGAUGUCUGUUACCAGGCGUGAUGACAGGCAGAGGCCACGCAAGCUCGAGGUAGUGACUGAUCUCAACAACUGUAUGCUCAGGAAACAACCAGAGAACAUGACCAGGUGGCAGAGCUUCAAAGACAUUGUCUUCAACACGACCGUCAUGGACAAGGUUAUCAACUCUUCAAAGAUAUGCAGAUACGAUCUGAAAGGAACAACUGGCGAGUUCAAGGGCAUUCAGUGUGAAGAAACUCACUCCUUCUGGCCACUGAACUUCAACAGUGAAAGCGGUGUCCGUACUUUCAUCAGGCAGAACCUCAUCAGCACAAAUAUUGAUUGGCUCAACUCCUUCAAGGUUGAUCCAGCCAACUCCAGAUCAACGUGCCUAAGGUACGAGCAUGAUCCUAAGGAAAUUGGACAGAAGCCCGAUGAUGUAACUGCUGACCAAGCCAUGGACAUCCUGAAGGCCCUUGUCAAGAUCUCUCGUGAGGAGGUCAAGAUGGAGAGUCCCCGUCUGUUUGGCAGAUGGAGGGCUGCUCUGGAGGGAAUGACAAACGAGACCAUCCAUGAAGUCUUUGAUCGUGCUUACAACUGCAGUGAAUACUCAGAGACCUGCCGUGACAACCCAGACAAGGAGAAGAUUGCCAGGGAAUAUCUUCUUGAUGGCCUCCUUCCUUGUACAACCAUGGCUUGCUUCAGUGUAAAGAACUAUGCCAUCGCUAAGGGAAUCAUCCCCAAGCCUCUUGCUAAUGCAUGGAUGGUAACCAUGGCUCUUCAGAACUACCCAACCUUGGAACUGAUGAGUGAGAUGCUACGUAUGGCUCAGUAUUCACCAUCACAAAUUACCAUCUUCCCUCUCAGUAUCAUGGUACACAACUACUGGGUGAAUAACGAGGAGAUUCACACUGCUGACGCACUUCCAGAACCAAUCAUCAAGACCAUCAGGUACCUCAAAUCUCUCAUUGGCAAUGACUGCACUGUAUCAGCAGAAAACCAACGUCUUGCACUUGUUGCACUUAAGGCUAUUGGCAACAUCGGAGAGCCAGUUGAGCGAUAUGACCAGCUGACUUUCAUCUACUCUGAAAGAGUAUCUCCAGUCCUUAUUGAGUGCACCAAGAACAUGCAGAUCCCAAAUGAUAUCUCCAAGGCUGCCAUUCAGUCCAUGCGUCGAUUUGUGAUGAGUGACCAGCUCCGUAGCCAAGUCACCUCCGAGCUCUUCAUGGAUACCUCUCUCGAUGUACCACAGAGAAUCGCUUCCUACCUCAUUAUCAUUAAGUCUAACCCAAGUGCUUCUGAGCUGACUCAAAUCUGGAACUUCUUAAAAACAGAGCCAGUUAACCAGAUCAAGGCCUUCUGCUACUCUCACAUCCAGAAUGUCAUUGAGUCGAGCGAGCCAACUCUGCAAGAGCUCAAGGAAAAUCUGAAGACUGCCAUGAAUGGUGAGCAACUUCCAGAAUACCCUAAGGAUAUCCGCAAAUAUUCUCGCUUCUUUGAACUUUCAAAGAACCUGACUGAACCCUGGAGGAACAACACUGUCGCUGCCCAACUUGAGAGUGGCGUCAUUUUCAACCCUGAGAGCUACUUGCCUCAAGAAGUCAUGUUCCACUAUGUAUUGAAUGCUCUUGGAAAGAGCUGGGAUAUCUUUGAGACUGGCAUUGAGAUGAAAGGAUUCGAACCAAUUGUUGAAUCUGUCUUUGGACCUGAGGGUAUCUUUCCAGAGGUCAGCCUCCAGACUAUGUUUGAAACCAUCGAUGAGAAAUUCUUAUCCAAGGUUCGGGAGUUUGCUGAGGCUCAACUUGAAAAGUGGGAUCCACAGCCAGCAGAGACCGAAAAUGAAGUCUUCAGCAGCAAGAAGAACAAAUUCGGCAAGAAGAUGAAGAAGAGGCAGUCUCAAAUCGGAGAGGCUCAGGUCAUUGAUGUCAUCCAUGAAAACACCAUGAACAAGCUCAACCAGCUACACUACCUUGUUGGCAUGGAACCAUCUGCUACUGAUGCGACUGUCUUCCUUCGUCUCCUUGGAAAUGAAUUUGGUUUCGUCAGUGCUGGUGAUGUUCUUUCUCUAAUCCCUUACACCAUGGGAAUUUAUGAAGAAUUCAUGAACAAGGCAAAACAGAUUCCACAGCUUCUGUCUCAGGGACUCAACCUCAACACAACUCGCUCUUUCGUAUUUAUGGACAAGACCUUUGUUUUGCCAACUGGUAUGGGUAUGCCACUCAACUGCAGCAUAAAUGGUACUGCUGUGGUCAGCCUCCGCAUGAAGAGUCAGUUCAGUUUCAAUCUUCCCAAGAUCAUUGCCGCAGGACAUAUUGCUCCAAGUGGUGCUGUAGAGGUUCUUGCUACCAUGGGUAUUGGUAUGCCAACCAAGGUAUUCACCGGGGUUAUGGCCAACGCAACUGUCUACCAUUCCUCCAAGAUCGAAGGAAACAUCACAAUUGAUGGCACUCACCUCAAGAUAAACCUCAACAACACCGACCGUCCAAUGAACCUCUUCAACUAUUCAACAACAUACAACCUGAUGAAGGCUAAUGGAGACAUUGAAUACAUCCCAGGUGUUCUUCAGGAUGCUGUCCGAAAUCAGAGGUGUACCAAUGUCAGCAGGGUAUUUGGAGUUGACCUGUGUGUUUCAUGGGCCUAUCCCAAUGCAAGCUACGUUGAUGAAGCACCACGUUUCCCCUUCACUGGACCAAACAGCUUCAAUGUUACCCUUGUCAACACAGACCAAGCUUUGAAGGCAUACACCAUCGAUGCCCAGUACAAGCAGAUCAGGGAAGGUGGUGCACCAUCACCAAUCUCAUUCAGCUCAAUUGGAAGUAGGAACAACAGAAACACUCAGGCCGCUAGCAAUAUCAUUGAUACUGUCCGUGUAUCCUUCUAUGCACCAGGAGAGGAACUUACCCGCAACAUUACUUCACUCAUGAGUGUUGAUCGUCUUCGCAAGACUGCCAAGUGGACAUUCACUGUUCCAGAGGUCAAGAACUUCAUCAUGUUUGCUGGACUCCUAAAUGAGACCACAGAUUCAUCCUCCUCAUACAGGGCUGUCUUCAAUGUUUCUGCUGCUGAGAACACAGCAUCAGUCGACUUCCUUGUUAGGAACGAGACAUCUGUAUCACAGAAGAAUCUUACAGCAGUCGUCAAUGCUUCCAUCAACAAUUUGUACUGGGCUGCUGUUGGACAGUUUGUCAAACAGGCAGAGAGUGGUGAUUGGAACGCACAUGUUACUGACACAAACUAUUGGGACGAUGAGACUCCAUUGUACAAGCAGCUUCUCUUCCCAUGGACCGGAUACCAGAUCAACCAUGCUAAAUACCAGACCUCCACCAUCGCUGCCAAGAGGAUCACAAGAGGACCAGUCGUUGAGCGUGACCUCAAGAUGUCAACACUUGGCUGGGCAUUUGACUUUGAUACUGUCCAGACUGUUACAGAUGAAAUGAAGGAGUUUACAGUCCACACCCAAAUCUCAAAUUCCACUUGGGAAUUCCCUCUGUUGGAUUUCAUUCUGAGGAAUGAAACUAAAGUGAAUGGCUAUCGUCUUGAAGGACAGGUUGCACGUAAUACUCACCAUGUCUUUGCUGAGUAUGAUGUAACCAAAGAGGAAAGAGAAACCAACCGUAACUUCAGGAUGGGACUCAGGACUGACGUUCUUGUGAACAACCCUGAUGCUGCCAUGUUUCUUAACUCUCCAGCUCUACUUAAGCUUUUUGGCGAGACUGCACUCAUUGAUGAACCUGUUGUCAUUGAUGGUGGUAUGAACUUCAGAAUCCUUGAUCAAUCAAGCCUGACUGAGGAACAUCUUAUCCAGACCAGCAUCUUUGUACCUAGCCCAAGGAAUCCUCAGACUCAUCUUACCUAUGACUUUGAUCUCCGAUUUGAAAAUGCUACCAUCAGCAACCAGAAGGACUACUCCGUGGAACUGACAACACCAAUUCCUCUUCUUAAGAUGAACAAUGUCAACCUUCUGCAUCUUUUCAUUGAUAUGGAUUCCGGAGCAUCAUCUUUGGACCAUACUUACACCCUCUACGACACCCGUUACAGCAAGCCCCAGGUUACUGUGUCUAACAUCAUUGCCGCUGGAUGGAAGAAGCCUUCAGCAAACUGGGUAAUGGACAUUGAAACACCCUCAAUGGUCUACUACCAGAACUAUACUGCUCUGUUCUCGCGUGAAAACGGUCUGCAAUUCUUUUAUGAGAAUAGCCAGGACAGCAGUAUCUCUGAUCUCCUUGAUUUUACUGAAAUCAGUAACCUUUCUGUAAGACCUUCUGCUGUGUCAAUGUACUGGUCCUACCUCCACCAACUUCUAUCCACCAACGUUUCAAACAGUUUGGUUAUUGAGGGUCCAAUCACCGAAAUGAGGCCACGUGUUGUACCAAUGGUUGUGCGAGAUAUCCUUAAUAAGACCUUCAACAAGGACUUCCAGAGUGUAAAGGAUCUGAUUCUAAACAAGUUCAUCUUUAAUGUUACUUCAUCAUCCCUCACUUUACGUCAAAGUGCCAAUAUCUCUAGUCCAAUCUUUGCUAAUAUGUCAGCGUCGCAUAACAUCUUUUUGAGCCAAAGUAUCUUUGAUCAGCAGCUGACAUUUGCAGCUGAACAGAAGCGAUUAAACAUCUCAGCUGGUCUCAAUCACUCUCUGCUCAUUGAGGAUCGUGAGGUUACACUGAAGACCGAGGGAGGUCUAACAGUAAGGACGGCACUACGUAUGAACACCCUAACAUCAGUCAAUGUUACCAUCUUGAAAGAAGAUACACCCUUUGAUUUGGCAGCUUUGUACCACACUGAGGUUGACUCUCCUCUCAUCAAGUUCUCAACCCGCUCUUCAUCCAAUGGUGACUUUCAUGGUGUUUUGAAUAUGGUGGCAAAUCACAACACAUCCAUGACAUCAAGGUUGGGAUCUUUUGAUGCGAUUGGUAACUUCAACAUAAAUGAUAUGUCUUCACCAAUAUAUUUCAACGAGAUAACAGGAAUUUUGACAUACAACCUUCAGUCUCGUAUGAUCAAGUCUUCAUUUAACAGCUCAGUAAGCUUCCAAACCUUCCGAAAGCUCUUCAAAUUCAACAAGGUCCUUGUCAAGGCUUCUCAUGACAUCAGCAGCAAAUUGAUCAGUUGGAAUGCUCAUGGUAAAUCUCAACUGAAAGGCUUCAGUAGUAUUUCUCAGUUUGAUGAGGUCAGUAGCAACUUUGAAGCAAAUCUCCUCAACAAAUUUGUCAAUGGAAGCCACAGCUCUGGUAUGAUUCUUCGGGAUAUGAAUGGUCCUCUUGUCUUUGGCCAGUUUGCAACUCAUCUUAGCAAUAAUAUUACCAGCAGAUUUGUCAACAGCACUUACCAGACCCAGAUAAAUCUUGAGAAUUCUGAUGUAUCUUUCACAACUCUUGAUGGUUCAUCCAAUUACAUUCUGUCGUCUCGCCUUCUGAAUGUUACGGCAAAUAAUACCCUAUUGAUGAAUGGUUUCCGUCGCCUUUUUAACUUCGAUAGUAUUACAGGAAAGCAGAUCUGGUUUGUAAAGACAGCUGUUCUGAAUGCUACUAUGGACAACCAUAUUGCCCUGACAGAUUUCCAGAAUGCCUCAUACUUUGAGGAAAUUGCUGGACAUGUAUCUGGAAAUGUAGAGGUUAGCUUGGCUAGGGGAAACACCAACACCACACUGCUUGUUCAAAAUGUGCGCUCGUUUACUCAGGUUUCUAAAGUGGCAGUUGACUCGUCAUCCACUUUCACCAGUCGUCUGAUGAAUUCAUCACUGAUUGGAGGUAUGGACAUCACCAAUCACAGGUCUCUUCUUAACUUUGAUUCAAUUUCAUCAAGGAUGAACUUUACCUCCAAGGUCUUCAGCGUUUCUACAUCAAUGCAAAAUGAAGUAAGCUUUAAUGGAGUGCGAUCAUUUGUCAACUUUGACUCUAUCGCUCAUAAUUUCGGCAUGGUCGCAAAGAGCCCCUAUUUUGAUUCUAGUCUGACUGAGGUCAUCUCUCUAGAAAACUUCAGGAAAUUCAACCAAUUUGACUUGGCAUCCGCAGAGGUUAUUGCUUCCUUCAACACAAUCCUCCUCAACACAUCCUACCAUCAAAUUCACAAGGUUCAAGACAUGGCAGGCUGGUUCCAAUAUCCUCUUGCAGAAACUGUCAUUAUUGGAAACCUUACUACGUCAAAACUGAAUGUAUCAGGAUUAUAUGAAGGUAGAAUUGUUGAUAUGACUGCACCAUUCCAAUAUGCCAGCAGCAUUGCCAAGGUCGAAUAUGGAGUAAAUAAUAGGUUCCUCAAUAUUGAAGGUUUCCAUGGAGUUGAAGUGGACAGCAUGAGAGGUAUCUUUGACUUUACAAGAAUCAAUGGCACAAUUUCCCAUGCAGUAACUACUCCUGUUACCCGCAUGAGCGUUGGUGGACUCCUUGAAAUGAACAACUUCCAGAGGCUCUUUACUUUUGAUCUUAUGAACGUCACAACCUCCAACAUAUUCAUUAUUACACCGCUAAGAACAACAUUUGCUGCCUACAAUGGAGGGUUGGCUCUGCAGGGCUUUGAAAAGUUUAACAAAUUUGAAUCCAUCACUGGAAAGUCAAAGGGUGCUGUUCUUACAAAGUGGACCAACUGGACCAUGAAUGUGGAUUCCACCUUUGCUGGUGUCCGUUCAUUCUUGAACUUCGACCGAUUGGACAUUUCUGGACAAAAUGAAUUCACAAGUCCCUUCUUAGUUAUCACUUCUAACACUACCAAUUUCGUCACUGGUUCAAAUGGUUUCUUCAAGGCAUCAAAUGCAACAACCAAGAGCAUGUUUGGCCUUAUAUCUCGCAUUGGAAAGAUUGACUCUGGCGCAGCUUGGUCUGUUAGAGAUAUUGCAGGUCCAUUAACAUUUGCAGCCAAUGUCUUUUCUUCAAAUGUAAAUAUCAGCACACCUAUCAUGAAGACCGGCUCUAAAUUCGAUGUCGAAAUGGAAAACUGGAAGAAUAUCACUACUUUUGGAAAGUAUGAAGUUUCUGCUGUUAAUGACAUCCAUUCCAGAAUUGCAACAUGGAAUGUUCUUUCACAUUUCAGACUGAACAACAUGGCUGGUAUCCUUACCUACUCUCGAAUGGAAGGUUGUGCAUCAUCCAACUUCUCUAGCAUCAUCUCAUCUUUGUAUACAAGCGUAAAUGGCCACAUCAACAAUCAAGCUGGGCCUCUGAACUACGAAGAAAUGGUCAUAGUUACUCAAGGAAACUUUAGUUCUUGGCCUAUUAAGAUGCAAGGUGGUACCCAGUUCAAUGUCCAGAACAUGGCCGGCUUCAUGACAUAUGACAGCAUUACUGGUUCUGCAUCAGGAGACAUUACAAGCAGGUUCUUGAACACUACAGCCCAAACUAGUCUGACUGCAAAUAUUGGGACUGGACUCUUCAAGAUGCAACUUGCUAAUGUUUCGUCAGCUCUAACUGUGAACACACCAUUCACACGGGAAAUCAAAGCCUCCAGCUCCGUUCAGGUUACUGAUUCAAGAAACCUGUUCAAGUUUGGAAAUGCAGCUAUCAAGGGCGAGUUUUCUUUCUUGACAUCAAAGAUCAACGUGACUGGCAAUGCUGACUCAACCCUUACCAACUUUGAGAACAUCACGACCUUUGAAUCAGUAGAAUCAACUGCUGUAUUUGAUGUAGCAAGUAGAUUCCUGAACUCUUCCUCAAGAGGCGUCAUGCAGAUGCAUGGUUUCGAGAGGUUGUUCAGAUUUUCUGAUGUCAAAAUCGGUGGAUCCACUGAAAUCAAGUCUAUCUUGGCAAAUCUAACAACAGAAUCAGGAAUCGACUUCAGCAACUUCCAGAGCAUCUUUACUUUUGAACGUGUCAACAGUUCAGCUCUUGUUUCCUUCAAAUCUAGACUAGCAACCAUCGAAAGCAAAACUGGCAUGGAGAUGAACAACUUCAGGGGAGUAAUGGCCUUUGAUCGUGUUAACGGUAGCCUUAUCACCGAUUUCAAUAGCAAGCUAGUCAAUUCCUCUACACUUGCUGACUUCGCUCUAGAGGGAUUUGAAUCACUCUUCACUUUUACCCGUGUUGCAGCUUCAGCUGAAUCUGUUGUCAACAACAAGCUCUUUAACUCAUCUGUAGUGGCAGACUUCUCAGUAAGUGACUCUACAUGCUUCUGCAAGUUUGAGAGACUUGUUGCUCAAUCUACUGGAUCAUUGACUUCUAGAUUUGCAACAGGACGUGCUCUUGGCAUCGUUGAAGUAAAGAAUGUACGUAACCUUACCAGCUUUGAUCUCUUCAAUGUAACAUCAGAAGCCCGCUUCAUCAGCAGACCAAUGACUGCUAUGACAGAGACCAUUUACACGAUAAAGAAUCAUCGCAGCCUUUUCAACUUCGACCAAGUGCGAAGCCGUAUUUACGGCAAUAUUCAGAGCAAGUGGGUAAACAGCAGCACUCUGUUUGAGUCUCAGAUGAACAACUCACAGUCACUCCUCGUUUUUGAUAGUGCAACAAGCCGAUUGUACAGCAAUGUCUUCAGCAGAUGGAUAGAGAGCAAUGCAGUGUUUGAAUAUCAGAUGAAUAAUUCUCGCAACAUCCUCAACUUUGAUGCUGCCAAAUCUAAAGUGAUGUUCACACUUCUUACUCCGGUAAAUGAUGCCCACUUCAGUGGUCAGCUAAAUUUCAUCAACUUUGCUAACAUCACACACUAUGGAGAAGUAUCUGCUAUGGCUGUUGGAAAUAUUACAAGUCCAUUUAUCAGAGCUGCAGGAAUUACCAAGUUCAAUGUUACAAACAUGGCUGGAAUUAUGUCUUUUGAAAAGGCUGUUAUAGAUUCAUAUGCAAAUGUUGAAUCACGAUUUAUCAACACCACACUCCAAAACUCGGUUGUAUUCAAAGGUUUCAAGGGAAUCACAUAUUCUUACAUUGGCCAUCGCCUUGUAUUCCUUUGGGUUGAUCCUAUUAAUGAUGUCACUGUCAAAAAUGGUCUAGAUCUGACAACAUUGAAAGACAUGUCUCAGCUCUUCAAUAUUACCUGGGCUAACCCUAAGGGAACAGUCGUCUUCAACCAGCGCCUCAAUUAUGAGAAUCUUGUGGCUACCAUCAAGCUUCCAUCCAUCGGUCUGAUUUCUGCUGGAGCAAAUCUCAACACGUUUGGAGACAGCUUGACUUUCUACAUUGACCAUGAAUUAUUGAAGGACAACUUCAAGUCAGUCAAUGAUAUCACAUGGCUAUUGAGAUUAAAUGAGAGUAAUGUGAUCUACAGCAACUUCAGCUGGAACCCAGAGACAGUUGCAGAGAUUGUGGACAUCACUGUAGGAGCAAUCAACAGCCACUACAAUCGUACCAUCACCAUUGCCAAGAGCACCAUCAACAGGGUCAUGGAAGUUGCUAAUCGCACCCUCACACACACCAGAAGGAUGACCAACUGCACCAAGUGUUUCAUGCGCUAUACCAUGAUGUUGGCUAAUGAGACUCUCACUUCCACAUUUUCACAGCUCAACCAAACUGCCUUCACCCAAGCUCUCAAACUGAAUGAAACUCUCUUCAUCCAAUUGCAGAAAAUGAACGAGACCUUCUACACCCAGCUCAGGGCUCUGAACCAGACAUUCUGCACCCAGAUGCAGAAGCUCAAAGAGACCAUCACCUACGCCCGUAGCAAUCCCAGGGAAUUUAUCAGCCAGUAUGUCAACCUAACAAAGUUGAAUGAAACUGUAACAAGGAUCAACGCUACCAUUCGGGAGCUGUAUGCCAAGCUCCGAUACAACAUUACUCAUCCUAGAGAAACCAUUGAGAACAUCAAGAUACUCAUCAAGUAUGAAGAGCGCCGUGAACAAAUAAUGUGGGUGUUGGAGAAUCGAGAAAUCAUCAAGACCCGGGCUAAGAAUUACUUGAUUGAAAUGAGAGCUAACAUUACCAAGAAGGCUAAAGCUGCUAUUGAUGACUUCAAGGAGCUUAUCCAGUAUGAAGCAAGAAUGGAGAAGCUUAACAACUACAUCCAAACCAGAUUCAAUGUUCCCAAAUUCCAAGAGAAAAUUAUGGAAUUGAAGGUAAAGUUGGGCGAGAUCAAGGAAAAAAUGGCUGAACUCAAAAUGAGGAUCGGAGAAAGGCUCAGUGAGAUGAAGAUGAGCAUUGCCUCUCUCGACAAGGAAAUGAUCAAGGCAGAAAUCAAGGCACAACUCAAUGCACAACUGAUGAAGGCCAAGAAAUUCAUCGCCUUCUACCUUAACAGCACCACCAUUGAUUCCAUUUCAAGCUCUAUCUUCAUUAAUUACAAAGAUGAUACCCAAGUCCAGGAACUAAUGCGCAAGGUUAUCCGCAUCAGACCACGCAAUGUCAUUGAUAUCAUCAACAAGACAAGUGUAAUGGAAACAAAGGACCUGGCCAUGGAAGCGAAAGAAAAUAUGAUCACCCAACUUGAACUGCUGAAUCAAACUACUUUCCGCUAUGUCAAUAAGACCUACCUGAACGAAACCAUCAAACAGGCUAUUGAAAUGCUGAAAGAAUGGAAUUCCAUCCUCAAUGAGUACGUCUACGUUGAUGUCAUCAAGGAAGACAUGAAGCUCGUUUUCAAUAUCACAAAGGAAAAGGUAGUUAACAUGACCAGAGCAGCAACUCUCUUUGUCAAGGCAAAGGCUGACCUUAUCAAAGCAUUCCUUAAGGAACAGUGGGAGGCACGCCCAAGAUCUCUUGAGGAGCUCAAAGAACGUCUGAUGGAAAUAAAAACCAUUGCAGCUGAUUACAUCAGAGAAAGGUACAACAUUGACGUUGAUCAAAUAAUUGAAAGGGUCAUUGAUGAAUACAGGAACAGGAAACAACAGGUAGAUGAAAUCAUUGUCCGUAUGGGCAACGAGUUCAUGAAGAGGAAAGAGCAGAUUGAUGAGGUCGUUACCAAGAUCAUCGCUAUCUCCAAGAAUGAAACCCAUCCAGUGAACAUGCUUCCUCUCUGCUACUUCAACAGAACCAUCUAUCAGAUCGUUCAACCUCCUGUCGAUAUAACACGGAACCUAACAGUCCUCUACAGCAAGAUGGCAGCAAACCUCACUAAGGUUUAUAGCAAGAAAGUAGCCGACAACAUUGAGGUCUACAGCAAGAUGGCAGUCAACCAAACCAAAGUGUAUUCUCGUAUAGCUCUGGACAAAAUGAAGGCUCUAAGAAAGAAAUAUACUCCUAUUGUGAUGACAGAAAUGCAGAAAUACAAAGUGAAAGCACUUGAGAAGGGCAAGAUCGUAAAGGAUACAUCAAUCAUGUAUUUCAACAUGGCUAAGGGAAAUGCAACCCUGUUCUAUGAGAAGUACGCUCCAAUCGUCAAUGAGACCAUUCGUACCUUCAUUUGUGAUGCCAAGCAACGUCUCUUCAACUUUACCCUGCAGAUUCGCUCUAAGACUGACCACUUUAUCAACAUGUCCAUUGAGCUCCUUGAACCUCACGUGCAACCUUAUCGUGAGAGAAUAAUGCAGAAGGUUGAAAUGAUGAGGCUCCGUGCUGCCAAUUUGAAGGAACGAGUUCGUCAACUUCCUGCCCAGACUGAGGCUUACUUGAUGGAGGCAGCUGAAUACCACAUCGAAAGAUAUCCAGAAUAUAAGCAGAAAACCAUCCAAAACAUUGCUGAAAUGAAGAUAAAGCUUGAGGAAUUAAAGGUCAACCUCACAAGGUUCUACCAAGAAUUGAAAGCCAACAUGACAAGAAUGGCUGCAGAAUUGAAGGAAAAUACUAGAGAGUUGUACAACAAAACCAAAGAGUUGUACGCAACCUACAAGCAGAAAGCUCAUGAAAUGUACAAUAUACGAAAAGACCAAUUUAACGCACUCAAAAUGCAGGCUCAGGAUAAAUGGGAAACGUGGAGACCAAUCAUCUUGAGGAAGUCUGGAAAGUACCUCAAAGCUACCAAGAUGGGUAUCAACAGGACAGUGGAAGCCAUAAUUUCUGCAACAAAAGAUGAAUACUCACUGAUCAACGAGCUACCAAUGAGAUCGAUGGAAAAGACCAUCUUUGAACUCAGUCAAGACCUGAAAGCAUACAUUCAACAACUUACAGAAGAUCUGGUUGAAACGGCCAAGAUGAGCAUCAAGGACCGAACAAGUCUGCUCAACAAGUACCCUGUGAAGUAUAUCGAUAUGACCAUCUUUGAGGCUGGAAACUUUUCAUACGGAAAGAUCCUUGUAGCUUCAAAUCUGACCAGAUUCUAUGCAAACAUGACACUGACAAGGAUCAAUUCUUCUUUGGUGAUGGUAAACAAGACCUUCUAUGAUGUCUUGAAUGUAUCCAACACCAAACUAAGAGAGGUUGUUCUUCCCAUCCUGAACCAAACUGCCAGGGACAUCAUGAUCUUCAUCAACCGCACCCGUUCUCAGCCAUGGAGGGUUACCAUCAAUGAGACAAUGUGCUUCCUCAACAGGACAUCUGUUAUCCUAAGGAACAAGGCCAAUGAGACCUUCAUCAUUUUCCAAGCUAAAGCCAUCGAAGCAUGGCAGAAUCUUACAUCAGAAGAGAGCAUUGCCAAAAUGAAGAUGUACCUAAACAACACCAAAGAUCAGAUCAUCAGGAGUCUGAAAGUUGCCAAUGAAACCAUCUACAUGAUCCGCAACAAGAGCAUCAAUCUAGUCAUCUAUGUCAGGGAUGAGACCCGUCUCCUCAAUCUCUCCAAAGAAUAUGCACUUAUUGCCAAGGAUCUGACCAAGAAUUCCAUCUACCAAGCCAGAAACAUGUCAGUACAGACAAUCAACUAUGCCCGUAACAUGACCAACACCAUCGUGACUUAUAUCCAGGGUCCUGCCAAGGAUUUCACCAUGGAAUAUGUGACAUAUGUGAACAACACAAUGGCAGGAUGGGCCAUUCGCUACUAUGAAGUGGAUCAAUUCCCAUCAAAGGCCAGUGCUUACAUUGCUGCCAUCAAGCCUGUUGAGAGGACAAUCAAUCUGACCAUGAUUGCCUUCAACCAGACCCGUCUCCUGACUGAAUUGGCCUUCAACCGAAGUAAAGAUAUGACCCGCUAUGCUCUUAACGAGACCAUCGUCAUGACUCAGUAUGCGCUCAACCAGACUCGCAUCAUUACUGGCCAGGCAAUUAGGAAUGCUAGUAUUCUUACCAGGCAGGCAAUCAACCGUACCCGCACUCUCAUCAGGGAUACUCUCAACUCCAUUGGUCGUCUUGAUGACCACAGCUUUGCCAUGAACAUCUCUCAUCCCUUCAACUGGACAAGCUUCCGGAGUUUACCAAGACUCAGCAACAACCAGAUCCAGUACAUCAAGGAUAAGAUGGCACAGCUCAACGUCACUCUACAAGAGAUUCGUGUGAACAUGACAGAGCGGUAUUACAAUUACUCAAGGAUGGUGAACGAUUACUAUCAGCUUCAGAAGCCAAUGAUUGAUGAGAAGAUUGAGCUUUUCCGUACCAAACUCCAACAAUACAGAGCCAUUAUCCAGGAGAAGAUCGAUGAGUACCAGGUCAUCUUUGAUGAAAUCUACAAUGAAUACAAGCAAAAAUUCAAUGAGCAGAAAGACAUUUACCAGCAAAAGUGGGAAACCGAAUGGAAGCCUCGCCUAAUGGAAAAGAAAGACCAAAUCUUGACCAGUUGGAGGGAGGAGAUCAAGCCUAAAAUCAACGAGAUGAUCACCAAUUUGACCAAUUUCAUCAAGGACCCCGAGUUGCUGACCAAUCUGAAACAAAUGGCCCUCCAGUUCAAGACGGAGACUCUACCUGAAUGGAAGAGAGUGAUCCUUGAAGAGAAAUACCCCGAGCUCAAGAGGAUAAUCGUGGAGGAGAAGUAUCCUGAAAUCAAAAUGGAAGUUAUCGCUCAGUAUGAGAUUGCAAAGGAAAUCUUUGAGGAGCUCAAGAACAAUGCUUCUAUCUUCCGACAGAAGGCAAUGACCAAGGUGGAGUCUCUGAAGACAAAAGCUCUGGAGAAGUGGAAUGAACUGCUUCAGAAGAUCGAGGACAUCAAACAAGACUGGCCAGAGACCUACAAAAAGAUCAAGGCUGAUAUUGAGGCUAUCAGGGUUGACCUCCAGACCAAACUGUCUGGAUACAUCAACAAGAUCCUUACGCUUCUCCAAGAUCUCCGCAUCCCUGUUGAGCUUCUUCCUCUUGAACACAUUAAGAUCUACAGCCCCUGGAAAUACACUGCUAUGAUCUUUGGAGAGAACCAUGUCAUGACAUUUGAUGGCAAAGUAUACAGCGUGCCUGCAUAUGCUGAUGAGGUACAAACAUACGUACUUGCUCAUGACUACGUAGACCGAAACUUCACUCUUUUGGUACAGAAGAAGCGUGUCACCCUCGUUAUCCGCAACACAAGUGUCGCAAUUGAUGAUGAGAAUGUUGUCCAUGUCAAUGGAUUACCAAACCUACAGGAACUGCCCUACCAGACACCAAUCAGCAAGGAGGUGACCAUAAUGGCAAAGGGUCCAUGGGUAAAUGUCACAUCAACCAAGGGAAUCGCUAUCUCCUGCCACGUUGAUCACUUCUUAUGUAUCUUCCAUUUGAGUGGUUGGUACCAUGGUAAAUCUCGAGGACUAUUUGGCAACCUUGAUACAGAGCACCACAACGACUUCAUCCUGCCAGAAGGUGGUAUAACAACCGAUGUGGCAGAGUUCAUUUCAGCAUAUGAUGUCUCACCAUAUACAUCACGAAAUGUUGUUCCAUCUCGAUUCGGAGCUUGCCGAUCAAAUGCCGAUGAGUGCCGCAACAGGUUCCUUGCUGAAGAAUCACCAUUAAAUGCUACCUUCAGGGACAUCAACCAAGUUGAGUUCUACAAUUUCUGUGUUGAAGAGACAUCGAAGUGCCAUACCGUAUGUGAAGCCAGCAAUCCUGUUGCCACCUUGGGAAUGCACCUGCUUCGCGAUGUCACCUAUGAACAGAACUGCUUGGACUGCACCCCAGGGGAAAUCAGCCAAGAGAACGGACGAUCUACAAGCACUGCAGACAUUAUCUUUGUGGUUUCUGAAACUGCUGCAAUGGAGGAAGGCAAUGUGAUCAAGUCCAGUAUGAAGACCAUCAUUAGCAGAUUGAGCAGGAAGCUGAACGUGGAUGACAUAAAGUACGGAAUUUCCGCAUAUGGUGGAGCUGACAUCCAUGGACGUCCACAUGUCCAUACACUCUGUGGUCAUUUGAUGGACAGCGGCCCUGACUGUGCUUCCAGUGGUGUUGACAGUUUAGUCUUUGAAGGAGCAAUGCCUGGUGAUGCUAUGGGUGCUAUCCAGCUUGCUGCCAGCUAUCCAUUCCGCAAGGAGGCUGCCAAGAUCAUCAUCUUGAUUGCUGAUGAAGAUAUUAUGGAGGAGAGUACCAACUAUGUUGACUACCUCUUUAACAUCAACAACAGCAGAACAGCUAUUCAGAAGCGCCUGGAGCGUCAAGGAAUCACCUUCAAUGUCUUCUCAUCUUACCCCACCCUGAACAAGAAGAGCACAGAUUCUCCAAUCUUGGGUGUCAACUACCUUGGCACACAGAUCAUCAACAAGAAGAACAGUGCUGAAGAGGGUACAGGUCGUCUUGCCAUCCCAUCCGGACAGUAUGCCAAACUUGCAAAGGCCACUCGCGGUUCUGUACUUGGUCUCCGAUGGAUCCAGGAUGGACAUCGCGACCUGAACACCAUGCUACCUAGACUCCUCUGGAAACAAAUCCAACCCCAGGCUACCGGCCAGGUUGACUUCCUCUGCCGCUGUCAGACCGGCUGGUAUGGAGAGACACGACAGGAAUGCCAGAUCACCCGAUUUGUCGAUGACGUGUAUUAAGCUAACAUACCUCUCCCGAAACUUUUUAAAUUAAUAGUCUUGGAUAGGAUGGACAUUACAACAAUAUGAGGGCUGCAUAUUUACUCCAAACUUUUUGCCAGAAAUGUUUUUAAAUGCAAUAGGCGAUGUUGCCAAGGCUUGAUAACUUCGCCUAAGACAUCGAUAUGAUGUAAAUGACCAAUCUUAUAUGUUUAUCUCUUUGAACAAAUCAUAUUUUAUAUAUGUGUGUAUUGUCCUUAACGAUGAGGCGUUCAAAAUAUCCGAGCUAUUUUCUCCUGUUGGACUAUGCAUUUUCCCUGACGACGACUUGUUUAACAACUAGUAGUUUGAAAUGAAUUUCAAAAUGAAAUUAGGAAAAAAUAAUUGCUUUGUAUUCUUCAGCAUGUAUUUUAUUAAUAUCCAGAUCUCCGAACAACUCUUCCUGAAACAUGACAAUGAUGAUUUGAAUACUCGCAGAAGUGUUACAAAUAAUCAAGCCUUAUUCACGAAACAAGAAUGUUUUCAGUUUGAAUACAACUUUCGAAUUCAGAUCUUAUUAAAGUUAUUCAAAUUGAGAUUUUGCCUAAUCUAAGCCGUAAAUACUCGGUGAAUUUUCGGUCCUUCUAAAUGGGGAUAUAUGUGACGAAUAAUGUGUUUAAAUGUUCCCUUUUGUUAUAACCUGUGUAUUUAUGUAUUUGAAGUGAGGUUUAAUAAAAACCGAACAAAGAAAACUUAUUUUCCUUUGCAUUUAUUCGAUAUGUCCAGUAAUUCUUUAAAGAAUCGUAGUAUAUUUCUUUGGUUGUGAAGCAGAGUUGUCAUAACAGUUUUCACACGAGGAUGUGUUUAUUGUGAAUUCUCUGGCACCAAAGAUAUUGUAUUUUAUAUAGGCUAAGGAACCCGGGUUAUGAGUUCCAUUUUGACCUCCCAAACUCAAGAAGUGUGUCGUGGGGAUCCCAUCAAAAUAUAAAACCGAAAGUAAGUCAAAAUCGAGACUUAUAAAUAUAAAUAAUUGAUUCUGGCAAUAA